GAGGAAGGCUUUGCUUGAGGCUGGGGCGGGGCCGCGGCUGCUUGUCUGUCAAGCGAACGAAGGGGACUGCCUUUCCCCCCCCCCCCCGGCCCGACAGGAGGGAAAGUGAUUGGAAAGUGGCCGUUUUUUGAAACUUAGAAGGAAAACACGUCUCGAAACUGUGGCGAACUGCUGCGGACAGAGACUACAAUUGUGCUCUCCGGAAACCCCCCAAUCAUGCGUUGGCCUGAGGAAAGUUUAAAAGAUUCACAACAGCUCUCCGCCCCGGCUGCGAGUUCGAGGGGGGGAGGGGGGUUCUUUUGCCUUUUGUUGUGUGUGCAAAAAACGUCUGUUAUGCUUCUCCCGGGAGGGCUUUUCGUAAUGACUAGCUGCCGAACGGUUUGCAAGUGUGGAGCCAGAGGCGGAAAGGGCACCUGCCUCAGGAGGAGCUGUGUGAUUCAAAAUACCGCCUAAGGGGAAAUGAACACUAGUAGCCCAGGAAUCCUCAUAAACAGCUCUACAAUGAUUACCAAUUGUGCUGAAAGAGAAAUGGAGGAAAACAUAACUUGGUCUCAACAACCUCAACAGAAUAACUUUUCUCUGUUUCCUUCCACCAAAAGCUGGAAUUUCAGAGGGAAAAAACGCAAGCAAAAUGCCCAGGAUGAAGAUUCAAUCAGUGUUUGCAGCUUUGAUUCAAGUGAACCUAGCAAUAAACGGGUCAGGCCUCUUUCUAGAGUUACUUCACUAGCAAGCUUAAUUCCUCCUGUCCGAGCAACUCCUUUGAAGCGAUUUGGUCAGACGCUGCAGCGGUCCAUCAGUUUCCGCAGUGACAGUCGGCCUGACCUUCUUGCCUCACGCCCUUGGUCUAGAAAUGGUCCUCCUUCUAGCACUAAACGAAGAGACAGUAAACUCUGGAGUGAGACCUUUGAUGUUUGUGUCAAUCAGGUACUCACAUCAAAAGAAAUCAAGCGCCAAGAGGCAAUCUUUGAACUUUCCCAAGGAGAAGAGGACUUGAUAGAAGACUUGAAACUAGCAAAAAAGGCUUAUCAUGAUCCCAUGCUUAAACUCUCCAUAAUGACAGAGCAAGAAUUAAACCAAAUCUUUGGAACCCUAGACUCUUUAAUUCCUCUGCAUGAAGAUCUUCUCAGACGGCUGAAAGAAGUUAGAAAGUCAGAUGGAUCUACUGACUGUGUUGGUCAUAUCCUUGUGGGCUGGUUGCCUUGCUUGAAUUCCUAUGAUAGCUAUUGCAGCAACCAAGUAGCUGCCAAAGCUUUGCUGGAUCACAAAAAGCAGGAUCAUCGGGUACAAGACUUUCUCCAGCGUUGCUUAGAAUCCCCUUUCAGCCGCAAACUGGACUUAUGGAAUUUCCUUGACAUCCCAAGGAGCCGUCUGGUGAAGUAUCCAUUGCUACUCAGAGAGAUUCUGAGACACACACCAAAUGAUCACCCAGACCAACAGCAUCUUGAAGAAGCUAUUAAUAUCAUCCAAGGCAUAGCAGCAGAAAUCAACAAAAAGACGGGUGAAUCAGAAUGCCAGUAUUAUAAAGAAAGACUAAUAUAUCUUGAUAAAACUCAAAAGGACUCCUUGAUAAAUAAUUCACGUGUUGUGUGUUGUCACGGUGAACUAAAAAACAGCAGGGGAGCGAAACUACAUGUCUUUCUCUUUGAAGAAGUGCUGGUGAUCACUAGAACAAUUACACAUAAUGAGCAGCUUUGCUACCAACUGUAUCGGCAACCCAUCCCUGUGAAGGACCUUGUAGUGGAAGAUUUGCAAGAUGGAGAAGUACGACUGGGUGGAUCCAUACGAGGGGCAUUUAGCAACAAUGAGAGAAUUAAAAAUUUCUUUAGAAUAAGCUUCAAAAAUGGAUCUCAGAGCCAGUCCCACUCUUUACAAGCAAAUGACACUUUCAACAAACAACAGUGGCUCAACUGCAUCCGUCAAGCCAAAGAAUCAGUCUUGUGUGCCUCAGGCGAAGGUGGAAUACUUGAUUUCCAAGGACAAUUCCUAGCCUCAUCAAACAGAAGCAGAGAAUCUCUGCAAAAAUCAAAGCUUGAGCAAAUGGACCAAUUGGACAGUGGGUCUGACUGCAGUAUGGACACCAGUGAAAUCAGCAUUAACUGUGACCACAUGGAGCAGACAGACUCUUGGGAGAAUGACAAAGACUUAGAGAGCAAUGUCUGACAAACUACACACAAGUCUUCUGAGUCUUACAUGUACAGUAUUUGCAUUCCACAAGUGGAAUAAAAAAGCACUUUUAAUAAUUUUGUGACAAUGUCAGCUCAGUCUGUUACAUUUGUAUCCUUCAACCACAGUAGUGUCACUGCCUGUGUAUGUGUGUAAUUUGAAAUGUAUGACAACUAUAAUCCUGUGAUAUUCUAUAAAUGUCUCAAUGGUGAAGACAGGUACUUGACCAAUAAUUUCUACCGUCCUGCUGGUAUAUACCAUCCCUAAACUACUGUUCAUAAGCAGACAGUUGUUACGUAAUAUGAAAAGUGCUCUAGUUUGACCUCUCACAUGGCAUUUGAACAUAAGGGAACUGCCAAGUGUCUUAAAAGUUAUCAGAGCUAGAAAUUUUUGCACACGUUUCUCAAAGUUUAAAAGGCUUCAAAUUAAGUAAUCCAUCAUGACUUGAUGUUGUUGAGUCAGGAAUUGAUAAGCUGAGUGAUAUACAAGCAUUUGUGAACCAGUCCAACACCUCUGAUAAGCUAAAGUAGUUUAUAGAUACUUUGGUUGACUAGAAACUGUUUUUUAAAACCCCACAACUUAAGACUGAUGCUUAGAACCUUACUUACCUUCUCUGUAAGGUUCAUGGGUUUAAUAACUAAAGUUUGGCUAGUGACUGUUGUGUGACCAGUGCACUGAUGAAACAGCUGAAAAUAAAGGAUGGUGUCAGUACUGAAGCUUCAUGUGAAAGUCAGACUUGUACUUUCAGAUCUGGUUAUGCAUAUCAGCUAUAUUCCGUUUGUAAUAAUUGAAACAGCAAAGAUGCAUCACCAGAAAAAAAUGGCAUCCCAGUAACUAAGCAAUGUAUUUCUUAUUUUACCUUAUGUUUAUGCACACAGCUAUAAAGGUUGUGUGUAAAAUAAUGCUCUACAAAAUACCCUGCCUCAUAUUUCUUCAUCUUAAAUUUUAGCCGCAUCCAAUGCCAUACUGUUUGCAGAACCAGUUUGCUGUAGUAAAGAACAGCAGACUAAUCUGGAGAACUGGGUUUGAUUUCCCACUCCUCCACCUGAAGCCAGCUGAGUGCCCUUGGACCAGUCAUGGUUCUCUCAGAGCUCUCUCAGCCCUACCUACCUCACAGGGUGUCUGUUCUGGGGAGAGGAAGGGAAGGCAAUUGUAAGCCACUUUGAGAUUCCUUCAGGUAAUGAAAGGCGAGGUAUAAAAACCAGCUCUUCCCCCUCUUCUUCGCCAAUGGCUGUUAUAUGAUGUCUACAAAUUUUACCAGUCCCUUAUAAUCUUCAGCAUCCAUAGCUUGCAUUCAUAAUGUGUGUCUUCAUAGCUAUGUGUGACACUUAUUGAUAACACUUCUGUUGAGGGCCUAGACAAUGUCUACUUCAGGCUCCAGGUUGAGAAUUAAGGCCAUGUAGAUGGGGUUACUCAACAUGGCUGAUCUUGCAGGUACUUAAACACCACAACAUUGGCUGGGGGAGGUGGCAGGACUGGCUCAGCUUUGGGAAGAGAUGCUGUUAGUUUUGCUUUUCAAAUAAAUAGCAUGGUUCCUGCAGGGAGAGGUUGCUAAGCCCAGAGGCAUAAGUAAAUAUGGCUAUGCCUGCAUCCAGUGAGCACAGGUCUUUGCCCAGUUGGUCAGCUGGCAUGACCCAAAGCUUCUCGCUCCCAGUCCCAUUCAAGAACUGUGGGACUUUAUCCCCAUGGAAGAACAGCAAAUACCAUACUGAGGACUUCUGAGGUAGGCUGAGACCUGUAGAAAAUUCCUGUUGAAACAGCUGUAAAAAAACAAAGUGGAACUGUACCAUGAACAAAAGGGGGACAGUUUUUCAGUUACUGUCUUAAGUGAACUUUGUAUGACUCUGCAUUUUCAAUUAAGGUUUUAAUUGGCUUAUUUCUUUAUCAAACAAGAGAAGCUAAUUGCACAUUCCAUUUAAAACUAACAUUCGGGCAGAGGGGGGAUUACCAUAAAUUCACUUCUGUAUGGAACUAUUUGAGCUAUUCAAUAGUGCUGCAGUUCUGGCUUAUCUGUUUCAAAUAGGGUUGUGCUCACACUUAAGUAACUAUUCUAAAGACACUCUUGGCCUCACUCUUGCCUUCAUAAGACAGAAUAUACCAGGGGUGGCCAACGGUAGCUCUCCAGAUGUUUUUUGCCUACAACUCCCAUCAGCCCCAGCCAUUGGCCAUGCUGGCUGGGGCUGAUGGGAGUUGUAGGCAAAAAACAUCUAGAGAGCUACUGUUGGCCACCCCUGGGAUAUACAAUUAAACUGGUAACUCUGGAUCAAACCAUCUGAAAAUGAAAGUUUCAACAAUAAUACAAAGAUUUAAUUUGAUAUACCUCUAAAAUGUACAAUUUGAUGCACUGAAAUGAUCUGAUACCACUAUUUUCUCUACAGUGCAGACUCUAAUCUCAGCACAAGCAGUAAUAUUACCAAAAUGCUGCCAAAAUGUGUACUUCAUAUAUUGUACAUGUUUACAGAAAAACAGAAUAAAUAUUACAUAAAUGUUUGUUUUGUUAUAUGUGAAUCAUUGUGUUGAGAUAAUAAAAAUAAACACAGGUCAUUCUGCUUCUAUUUAAAAUACGUUAUGGGUUAAUUUUACUUCCUAGAACAUAUUUCUGUAUUUAUAGGUUUUUAAUAUAAAGAUUUUUUUUAUUUCAGACUUGUAAUUUAUUUCAAUUGCUUCAUUUUGGAGGUUGAUCAUUCAUGAAUCAUCAGAGGCUGAAUAAGAAAGAAGCAUUUAUUAAAAACAAGCAGAAAGUUUAUUAGGAUGUAAACUGAACUGACAAGUACUUGCCAAAAUGUCUGAGAAACUGUGUAAAGUCUUGAAUGAUUAAAAGUAAUGUAUUUAUUGAUGAGAUUUUUGCAUAAUAGCUUUACACAGUUCUCAAAGCAUUUCAAAUAAAUUACGCUGAACUGUA